AUGAGCAAAAAAGAGUCCGAAAAUGUUUGUUUCUGGCUGUCGAACCAACGUUCCGGAAAAAUGGAUGCACUUACACCGCACAAACUAAUCGUAGUGUUUCUUAUCCAGGAAUACUUUCGGUUAAAGAAGCUUGUUGCGGAUUCACAGUUACCAGACUCUUGUCUACACAUCGAAGUUAGCAAUAGCGAUCGAAAGCGCUUUUAUAUGCUCUUACUAAAAUUGAUCCAAUACCCCGAUCUUCCGUACAAAAAUCUUUAUGGUUUGUUAUUGUCCCCGGUGUACGGAUUACACCCGGUGCACUUUGAAGAAUUCAAAAAACUGAUGAUGUUGCUGAAAUCAGUCGGUAUCAACGUGAUAUUUGACAUGUACAACGAAAUCGACAGGCUUAUUAUAGACAAUUCAACCAGCUUCCAGAUCGCUAUUGUCGGCUUGUACCUACGCAAGGUUUUCGUUACGCUGGAUCGAAUGAAUUUUCAAGAAAUGAAGGAUCUACAUCUCGCCACCGUCGCCUACUACGACAAGGGCAUGCAGGACAUUUGCCGUGACUCGUGUCCUGAAACGAACUAUGACUGUGAAAGCUUUAUGCAUGCGUAUAACCAGUACGCCCCAAUCGAACCCGCUGAUCAUGGUAUUCACUCGGUAAAGUGGUCCGUCAAACAGUCGGAACUGUUUAUUGCCCAGCAGAGUGCAUUGCUGAAGGAGAAUGAAGCGAAAGCUUUAUCGCCAAAAGAGCUACAGAAAAGGCUAAACGAAAUUAUCCAUGACAGGCCGCAUUGCGCACAGGCAUACUUCCUAAGCUACAUGAAUAAUUUGCGUGUUCGCGAUUUAUAUGGCUCGAUUGAUGCACUCCAUCGUGCAUUCGAUCGUACGGCGUCGGGAAAUUUAGGUUCAUCGUCAUCAGAAACCAAGGACUAUCACUACUCGAGCCUCAACCUAGCUAUCCUGCACGCCGAAUUCAGCCACGUCAAAAAAGCAUUAGCCUGCCUCCGUGAAUGCAUCAUGCUCGCACAGGAGAAUGGCGAUGCCACGUGUUUGCAGUUGGCACAUGCCUGGCUAUCGCACCUCGACGAGCAUUGCAUUCCGUUGCCGGAUAAAAACAUCGGUGCGAGUCUAUUUCACGCCACCUCACUGCGCAUUUUGUCCCAACUCAGACAAGCAUCGUUCGAUGGUGAGGUUCCUUCAAAACUAUUUGCUCUGUUAAUGCUGAACGAUCUACUCAAUUGUCAGCGAUCGAUGAUGGAUCUAGUGGCAACUGGCAUCGCCGAGCGUACGGCCCUCUGGACUGUGUACGGUAAACACGAGCAAGCUUCCUUGUGCGCCCAGACACUACUAAAUAUCAACCUCAAGUCGCUUGAUAAGACUUACAAUGGAAAUGGCAUGUGCCAGGUGCUGUGCUCUCUGAUCGUGCAUUUGGCACAUUUGGGCGAUUUCGGCCAUGCCCUGGUUGCCUUACACCACGCAAAGGAGCGAUUUCCACGGUAUCCGCAGUCGCGCGACUGGCUUAUAACAGAUCAUUAUGUUUCCACUGUUCGUGCCAUUUAUAGAGGACGGUGGACCGAAGCUACCAGUGAAUGUGAACGGCUAUAUUCAUUCGAUCAGAAAUUGGCAACGCUGCUAUUCGCUCAGAUCGCUCUUGCCAAGCUGGACAUCGCUACGGCUGAGCAAUUCACCCAACGGCUGCUAAUGCAGGAUACGCUUGUGCCACUAAUUCGUGUGCGGGCGAUGAUUCUGGCAGCGAACGUGUACCUUUGCACCGGACAGUCAAGAGCAUUCCAUCUCCUUAACCAAGCACAAAUAUACGCCCGAACAUUUCACCUGGAAUAUGAGGAGGCGCUUAUCGAGCUACAUAUCGCUUACUUUUUGUUAGUCCCAAUGGGCGCACCCAGACAAGCUCUCAAAUCGCUCAAGGCUGCCCUCGAAACCAUCUUGGCGAAUGGCCCAAUCUACGAUAAGGCUCGGGCGCUCUUUCUAUUCGCACGAGCGCAAGUAGCGACUGAGAAGGAUUCCCCAAACCAUGUGCGACUUCAGAAGCUGGCAACAGUUUUACCCAUGCUUGAGGAAGCAAUCGAAAUGUUCGAAAAACUUGAAUGCUACAGCAAGGCCAAAGAUGUGUAUAUAUAUCUGGCGAAAACUUAUCACAAUCUGGAUGCAAUUGAAGAACGCAAUCGUUGGUCAUAUCGCUAUCGCCUGCUCGAAGAGCAGUAUCCCACUGAGCGACAGUAUUUGAACGUAUUCGUGUGAGAGAAAAUAGAUUGUUUUACCUU